AUGCGUGUCUCUCAAGUCUCUACCGCCGCUAAGCGCAUGGUCGCUGCUGCUGCCACCGCCAAACAAUCUGCAUCUUCCGCAGUCUUGACUCCUAAGCGUGCUUCCAUUGUUUCUCCUUCGAUUGGUUUCCAGGCCGCUCUUAGAACAACCUUUCCUCACAGAGAGUCUUCCACCGUUGGAGGUGCCACCACCACCAUGACGGUCCGUGAUGCUCUCAACUCCGCGAUGGCCGAAGAAAUGGACCGUGACGACAACGUCUUCCUCAUGGGUGAGGAAGUCGGUCAGUACAAUGGUGCCUACAAAAUCUCUCGUGGCCUGCUGGACCGUUUUGGCGAGCGUCGUGUCAUUGACACACCCAUCACUGAAAUGGGUUUCACGGGUCUCUGUGUCGGUGCCGCUCUUGCCGGCCUCAAGCCCAUUUGCGAGUUCAUGACCUUCAACUUUGCCAUGCAGUCCAUUGAUCAAAUCAUCAACUCUGGUGCUAAAACUUACUACAUGUCCGGCGGUACCCAGCAGUGCAAUGUCACUUUCCGCGGCCCCAACGGUGCCGCCGCAGGCGUCGGCGCCCAACACUCGCAGGACUACUCAGCUUGGUACGGCUCUAUUCCAGGCCUUAAGGUCGUGUCACCAUACUCUGCUGAAGACUACCGUGGUCUUCUCAAGGCCGCAAUCCGUGACCCUAACGUGACCAUUUUCCUUGAAAAUGAAAUUCUCUACGGUGAGUCUUUCCCCGUCUCUGAGGAAGCCCUUUCCCCAGACUUUGUUCUGCCCUUUGGCCAGGCCAAGAUUGAGCGCCCUGGUAAGGAUAUCACCAUUGUUGCUCACUCACGCAAUGUCGAGUUCUCUCUUAAGGCUGCAGACAUUCUCAAGAAGGACUACGAUGUUGAGGCUGAGGUCAUUAACCUGCGCACCAUCAAGCCCCUUGAUAUGCCCUCCAUCAUUGCCUCUGUCAAGAAGACCAACCGUAUCAUCUCCGUCGAGUCCGGCUUCCCUGCCUUUGGCGUUGGUUCCGAGAUUUGCGCCCAGAUCAUGGAGUCUGAAGCCUUUGAUUACCUUGAUGCACCAGUCGGCCGUGUUACUGGUGCAGAAGUUCCUACCCCCUAUGCCAUUGAGCUUGAGAACUUUGCUUUCCCUACCCCAGAAAUUAUUGUCAAGGCUGCCAAGAGCGCUCUGUACAUUGACAGCGAGUAG